AUGGGAUUUUCAAAGCGUUGGCUAUUGCUGUGCCUUUUGUUAGAAACUUUCCUGCCCUAUUGCAAGGGAAAGAUCUAUCCGAGGGACAUUAAACUACGGAUGCACAAAUAUCGAAGAUUAUGGAACGGAGUGGCAUCAAAUACCGGUCCAAACUAUGGAGGUUGGCUGUUGCGCAUAUUGAAUAGUAAUGGCCAAUUUGCCUGCGUCGGAGCAUACUACUCCCCGUUAUUAGUAAUCACAUCAGCUAAUUGCAUAUAUCCUUAUCGGAACAGCCUUGAAGGUGCCACGGUGGAGGGCACCGCGUACUCUAAGUGCGAUAAAGAAAACAUUGCUGACAUCGAUACCAUUGAGUUCCCCAAAAGGUUCAUCUAUCAGAAACUCUACAUGGACGUGGCCCUUGUACGGCUUAAAGAACCAAUUAAGGGACGCCUCACCGAGUUCAUCAGGCUCUGUAAUGUAAAGGUGAGGCCGCGAAUGCGAAUGUUCGUCUUUGGCUGGGGCUACGACAGCGCAGAAGUACAGGCAGCCUCUUCGGAUCCCAGGAAUUCUUCAGUCCACAUUAUGUCAACAAAGGAGUGCCGUCCAAAAUUAAGAAAGGGCUUGAACCUAUCCAGCACAUCGCUAUGUGUCAGGCAGCCGAGAAAUCCAAGGAAAUGCCUAUACGACGGCGGUGGUCCCAUGAUUUACGGAACUCAACUCUGUGGGAUAGUAUCCUUCGGAUCGAAUUGCCAAGACACCUCAAAGCCCGGCAUGUUCACCAACAUCAAAAAGGUGUCACGAUUCAUUGUAGAAACAGAGCAAUCUAUCAAAGCCGGCUAUAUCUUUAGGGCUGAGAAAUACCGGAGAAACAAACGUGCAAAGCUGUCUGGAAACUCUGGCACAAUAGAAGAGACAAAAACCACAAUUAAUCCAUUGGAUGAUAUGGUGUGUUAA